AUGUCGAUGGCUCACUCGGUGAAGGUGUCCAUCGCCACGACGAUCAGCAAGCUUGGGAUAAAUGCCAUAGACAACCUGCUAGCGAAGCUGUUCAAACUACUGUGGUCUUCAAAGCAUAUCCCAACACUCCGGGACACAGAGGAGGUGCGGUUCAUCAAGGAGAACACCCGCAAGGGCUGGGCGUUCGACCUAGCCGUCACCAUCCGCAGAGAAACCUUACGGCCGUUCUAUACUCUCUUCCUACUUCUGUGGCCUUACCCGCGGAAGUUCGCGUUGCCGCCCUUGCGCUCGUCAGAGGAAUACUUUAACAACCGAGACCUCGCCGACCUGCUCGGGCACGACUCCUGGCGGCUUGGCCCCUUCCUCCCAUACCGCGACCGCGACACCCCUCUCAGAUCGCUCUACCGCAUGCACGCCUUCGCGUGCGCGUGCGAUGAACCCGCCUUCGGGUACGAAGCCCAAUACUUCUACUCCCAUCCCGAGCCCGAGUGGCGUCUCGAGAACGUCCCGGACCCCAAGGACCCGGACCCAGUCCGCUACGCCAUCCUCGCAGGCCUGGUCGAGAUGAUGGCGCUCUCCUUCAAUGACCGCUUCGAGAUGGGGCUCCCGCGGCUAGGCGAGGGGCUGGCGUAUUCGUUCUACGGCAAGCUGCAGAAGGAGGGGCGGGAGGUACAGGUGCCGGAGGAGCAUGCGCCUGCAUGGGCUGCGGGUGUGCCGCCGGUCCCGGGCCCGCUGGUUGUGCUUCGGAAGGACGGAGAAAAGACGUGCGCGCGGCCGUGGUUGGACCGCAACGUUCUCCUUGGCGGCGCGGGAUACCUGGAUUGGGCUUGAUGGUGCUGCUUGGGGAAUUUUGUCUGAGCCACUCGUAUAUGUAUCGACUUCUUCCUGGGAGUGCGCGACGGGGCGGCGAAGGCUUAACAGUUGAUUGGGUGUUUGCUAUGUACCAGGUAUUGACACGGUUGAUUACAAUUCGUUGCCCG